AUGUCAACGAUAAUGAAUAGUGAUGCAUUGAUUUGCUACAGUCGUCAUAUGAUCACUAUAAAAAUUUCUCUUUGUUUUGAACAUGUUCGUAUACUUUCAUUUAUCUCUACAACACCAUUAACAUUAGGAAUAUUCGAAUUCAUUGAAAAAGCAUUUCCAAAUAUAAAAACACUCGAAUUAACAUAUCCAUUCAGAUCGUCUGGAUGUCAACACGAACAUAAACGAAAUAGAAAUAUUUCUCAUAUUAGUGAUGUUUUUCUUUUAAAUAAUAGUUUACAAUUACCUUCAAUUACUAAAUUUUGUUUUCUUUUACGAACACAAUAUGAUGAUUAUAAAAUUUUUCGUCGUUUUCUUCAUCUUUUACCUAGUUUUGUUUAUUUACAAAUGUUUAUUGGACGAACAUUAUUUCAUGAAAUAUUAAUACAUGAACAUGAAGAUAAUUUUAUUCGAUAUGCAUUAAAUCGUAUUAAACUUUUACAAAGAGUUCGUUUUUAUGAUGAAAAAACCUUUUAA